AUGGAAGGCACAAACAAGUUGCCAAUUAGUACUACUAGUCUCAAGAGAUUAACCGAAUUGUCUUUCCAAACUAACUGUUGUCAAUUCAGCGAUGUAAUGGACUUGAUCAAUUGCUGCCCCAAAUUAGAGGUACCCCACAUUUACAACUACCAUUCUUCUUACCAAACUCAUUGCACUUGUUGUUGGAGGGAUCCCAUCAGUGCUCCGAGAUGUUUGUCAACCAACCUUAAGCGAGUCUUAUACAGGGGAUUCAGGGGCCUCGAGGAUGAGAUGGCUAUGUUAAAGUUCAUUGUGAAUCAUGGUGCGGUGAUGAAAAGUGUUGAUAUACAUUAUAGUGCUUGUUUUCGUGAUCUCGGGAAGAAGUUUGGUUUGUUGGACGAGAUAACAAACCUCACUAGAGCGUCUCCAACCUGUAAAAUCUCACUCACUUGA